GCCUGAUAUGUCAUUCGAAUUUUCAUUUUCUUUUCAUUAUUUGAAGAAGAAAUUUUAAAAUGUUUGUCGAAACUUGGAAUAUCUUGAGAGAAACAAUUGGAAAUGUGAAAAAUGCUGAGGUAUUCGACGUGAACACUCCAGAAGAUCUAUACAAACUCUUUUUCUUUUGCCACAUAUUUUCCUGGAUUGUGGUCCUCUGGAAAUUGAGAGAUUGAGAAUUUCAAUGUACUGUUCAAAAUUUUAGUCUGUAAAUUUCGAAUGAAUUAUAUACCUAUCAUUAAUAAAUUGCCUAAAUUUCUUUAUCAAUAGAAAUUUCAAAUUUGAAUUUGAAAUCGACAUUGACACCUGUUUGGCCGUGCCGUGACGCAGGCGCAAUGAUUUGUUUACAUGUUUCACUAGUUUCAGUUUGAAAUAGUUUCAAACAGGAAACUCAAGAAUUUUUCUAAUGAUGACCAUUCAUUUUCCCAUCAUGAAAGGAAACUUAUAGUUCGAGUAUGGGAGAUCAGUAUAUCUCGUCUUACCACAUUGAAAAAUUAGGGCACAAACUGCAAGAGAUUCGUGAAAGAUCCCUUUUCAACAUAAUAUCUAAGCUUGAAAAUGGAAUUUGCUUCGACAAUGACCUGGCUAGAACCAAGGAACUCAUCACAAAGUUGUUCAAAUGGUUCUUGUUUGAACCUUGUACUCAAGAAGAACUUGUAUUUGCACUGCUCAAGAGAAUCUUAAAGUCUGAAUCUGGUAAAACACUCAUUAACCACCUAGGAAAAGAGUUGAUAACAAGAGAGCUUCAACAAACUAGAACUUAUCUAGAACCAAAGUUUUUGCCAUUACUUGAUGAAAUCUCAAGCCUCAUAGAACAAGAUACAGAAGGAAUAGUUCCACCACUGGAAUGUGAAAUACCUCUUAGCUAUAGAACCUCCAGCACAAGUAAUAUAGGAAUUACCCCAAAUUUUGGCACAACUGCUACACCUAUUGAAGGUUAUGUGCAGAAAGCUACAUCAGUUGAGCAACAAGGAGGAUAUAACAAGAACUCUGAUAGCUUGUCUGUAGAGGAUCUUUCAACUUAUAGAAUUGAAGACAAUGUUGAUUGUACCAGUGCUUUCUGUCUGCCAAAUUUCUAUUUUGAUUGGCAGUCCCUCAUUGAACCUGAUAGACAUGUAUUAUAUUCCAUUGAAAAAUCACUUCUUGAGCCUCCACAACCUGUGGCACUCUUACAUGCCUGUGAGUUUUUUGCAAAUGUUCUAUUGCAUGAUUUUCCUGCUGAAAUAUUCUUACAGAGACCUAGCAUAAUUUUGGAGUUUUUCAAUUUAAUGUCUUGUGGAUCCACUCGUAUUACAAAUGCUGUUUUAAAUUGUCUUUGUGAUCUCACUGAGGCUCUGAGAAUGAGAAUUCAUCAUUGCAAUGAUAUAUCAAUGAGAAAUUGCAGAAAAGGUUGUUCAUCAAAUUCUAACCUAUUGACUGAUUGUUCUCUACUGAGUGUCAACAGAGGUUCUGAUAAACAAGAUGUUCCUUCUGAAAUUGUUGAAAAAUUUGAGACACCAGAAGAUGUUGAAAUUCUUCUAAAAAAACAACUUUCUACUCCAAAAUUCUGUUUUAUGACUGCUGAUACUGUUUUCAAAUAUCUCUGUGUGAAACCAGAAAUUCUUAAUGAUAGAAAAGUGAAGUCCAAUCAGGUUGCUAUCAAUUUUUGUCUAGUUUUACUAGAUAAGUUGAUAGAUUUGAUGAGACUCUGCUUGGGGAAUAAAAUAUGGGAUGAAAAACAAAAUGAAAAAACAUUGUCUGUUCUGAAAGAUUUUACUGAAAUUUUUGUAAAAUAUGGAAUGGCACUAGAACAUUUUCGGCUGGAGUCCAUGAGCUGUGAUAAUAAUAUAAAAUACAGGGUGGUAUAUAUUUAUUUACUUCUUAAUUGUACAAAGUUACUCUCAAAACUGGUACCAGUAGACAAAGCACAUAUCAUUUUACCCAGGAAUCUCAAAACUGCUCUAUCCAACUGUUUACUGGAUGUUACAUUUGGCAGGCUUUACCAGAAUGCUCACAAUAUGAUUCUAAAUUAUGUACAGAAUUUUAGCUUAGGAGAAGAAUGUAAUGAUUAUUUGAAAAAGUACAGAGAUGUGAAACAAAUCUGCAUAGGAAUCACUUCUACUGUUAAAUUUCUCAAACAAUACAAAAAUUUGAGUUUCACUGAAAAUCUUCGCCUAGCUGUAGAAUCAUUGCCAAGCAUAGAGUUCCAUAAAGAUCUUGAUUAUUUGAAAAUUUUUGUUGAAGUUUGUUCUGAGAAAUUACCACAGACAUUAAAUGGAACUGCAAAAAUGUCCACAGUAGAAGAAGUUGUACUAUCACUUUUAUCACAUGGUGUUAUGGAAAUUAGAGAAGAAAUGUAUAGACUUUGCCAGAGAGUUGUCAUUUCGAAUAUCGGUCCAAAACUGAAUAUGUCCUAUAGUGGGGUGGCUGGAUCUCAAAUCUUGUUCCUAUUAACCUCGAAAAUUUUAGUAGAAAUAGCGACCUUCGGAAUGACCAGUGACAAUUUAGAGAUACAAAGAUAUGCAGAAAGCAUCCUAACCUAUCUGCUCAAGUCAAAGAUUUUGAUAUGCGAAACAAUUUGGGAUAGAGCCGUUCAAGCCCUUUUGCCGUCUCUACCGAUCAUAGCUUGCCAUGCGACGAACAACUCGAUUUUGGGAAAAACUUUGAUCAGUCUUAUGGACCCAGACGCCUCUAAAGAUGCUUGCAUACCGAAAAUAUCGAUGCUCAAGUGCAACAUAGAGUUUCUGUUUUCUGAGGAGGUUUAUUUGCGAGAGGAGGCCUUUUCGAGGAUAUCUUGGCUGAUAUCUUCUCAGGAAAAGUCGAGGGAGAUGUUGCCUAGGUUCAACACCCUGUAUGAUAGCUCGUUGUCUACCGUUUGUAGACUGAAAAAGGUGGUGGAUGUCAAUAAGUCGAGACGGACUGAACACUUCUAUCAGCCUAGUAGUUUGCAUCAAGUGCUAGAAGUCCUCGUUUCGAAGAACGUCGAACCGGUGAUCAGGAGAUCCGCCCUGAAUCAGAUCAGCGUCAUGAUGGAGGAUCCUUUACUGCAUACCAUUUUCUUGGACGCCAACGGUCUCGACAUAGUCGUCGACAUUCUCAAAAGCGCCCUCAUCGAAAACGAUUUCACCAACUAUCCGGAUGCCGUGAUACCGAUCGUGUCGAUUUUGAAGAAUGUCUGUUUUUAUAACGGGACGGCUAGAGAGGAGUUGAGUUUGAACGAGGAAGUGUUUUUUUGCGUCUUGAGAGGUCUCUUUUUGUUUUUCACCGAGGAUAGGAUGAAGCAAGACGCCGCAACACUAUUGUUUAUUUUGAUAUUCAAAGAUUUCGUUGUUGGCAAUCCGUCCAUGGCAAAUUUUUCCCUACCGCACAUUGUGACAGAAAAAAUGUUGGUGCCAUUCAUAUGUGCUACUCAUUGGUCUGUCAGUGAUUACACCAAAGAGAGUCUCAAAGAUAAAAUAGUUGCUGAUAGGUGGUGUCUGAGUUCAAUUCAAAUCCAGUGGAAUGCAGCAAUAUUCGGAGGCUUCGAGUCGUUGGUACACCAUGAAGAAAUAAAUUACGAAAGCCAUUCAAUGUUAGAUUUUGUGGAUGUAUUAAAAUUGAGCAAAAUCGACUUGAGAGCUAUCAAAGCUUCCUGUAUCGAAUUCUGUGUCAAACACUAUUUGAAUAAUAUCCAAAACGGGACAUGUCAUGAUAUGGUCAUCGAUUCUAUUGAUCACUUAACUCUGUACGCCCACUUAUACAAAGUUGUGAAGUAUUUUGAUGAUAUACAGGAUGAUCAAUGUUUUCUUUUGCAACCAUGGGAAAAAUCAUUUGCUAGAUUUUUAAAAGUGUUGCCGUCUUGUGAAGAAGAUUCCUUAUUGUUGAAGAAAGUCAUCCAGUUUUUAUCCGUACUAAGCACCAUUUAUACAACAACCGAACCCGACAAUUGGAUAACAUUGUUUUUGAAGGACAGUGGUCAGUCCUUACUGGAUUUGCUCAGCAUUGACAGUACAACAGACGAAGAAAGUAAAAUUGUAGGCCAGGAGAUAUUGAAGUUGAUAACAAUUUGUGUGAAAAAAUCUCAAAAUUACAUCGAUAGCUACCCACCUAGAUCCGUUAAAGGGAAACCAUGGACUCACGUCAUCAAAAUGAUCGCGGAGAAUUUGAAAUUCAGUGAGACCCAACAUUUCUACAAUUUAGCUUAUUUAGAUGCUUUGCUUUCCUGCCUGGUGAAUCUGACUGCCACUCUGGGCUGGAGCGAUUCCAAAAAGAAUACCGAAUCCAAAAAUCUGCUGACGCAGAUGGUUUCUGGGUUAUGCGAACUUGUGGGGGCUUUUCAUUCAGGCAAAGGGCCUGUUGCAGCUAUUUCUGUAAUGGGAUUGAGCAUCACGAGACAUGUCUUGUUGGUGCUGAAUCACCUACUUGCAGAACUACAAAACGAAAAAGUGAAGGGAUGGGAAACCAGUUUUUUCGAUGAUACUGAAGGUCCUAACCCCCUGCUGAGUUUUGUAGCAUUAUGGUCUAGCAGAGACGUGAUUUUGAGGGCAGGAGCCCUACAGUUAUUCAGUGGAUUGGCCGUAUCGCCCAGAGUUGCUAUAGAAAUUGUAAACGGCCUCAACAUGGAGAAUCCAACUAUUUGGGAACUGGCUCUGACCAUACUAGUCGAUCACAAUGAAGCUAGUAUUGUUAGAGAAAAUGCUGCCCAGUUGCUAGCUAAUUUGGCAGGGCAAGCGGCUCCCCUCCAUAGCGAAAAGAGUCUGGGGACAUCUUUGCCCGCUUUGAAAAAGAGUUGUUCUAUGACUAUCCUAAACUUGGUCGAGGAUUUUGAUUUGUACGGAAAUUUGGAAAUAAUUAUCAGCAGCUUGUUCACUCUCAACCUACCUGAGGGUUCUAAGCAAACGAAAAAUACGGAAAAAAAUAAUUUCGUCAAAUAUUGCUCGUCAUCGGAAAAAUCUUGGGAUUCGGCAAGCGAAAGUUAUGAAAAUUCCACUGUCCUUACAACUCCAGGCUUGAUAAGGUCGCUCGCAAACUUUUUGCUAAAUUUGUUCAAUCUAGAACCUGACAGGGUGAGCAAUAAACUUCAGGACCUUGGGAUAGUCAAGUUGCUAUUCAGAACUCUGUGUACUGCUUCCAUGAGUAUUUCCAAUACAAGAGAACUGUCGUUGUACUGUGACAUACUUGAAAUGAACACCAUGGUUUGUUCUGUUCUUAUCAGGUUAGCCAGUACAAACCCAAUUUGUUUAGGAACGAUUCUGCAUACCAGGGACUGUCUGAAUCUUUUAUUUUCAUUGUUGAAUCCAAGAAUCUACAAUAUACAUCUCCCUCAGCUGAUGUAUCUCAGGAACAAACUGUGGUGCGAAAUAUUCACUUUGAUAUCCACUUUGGUGGAGUUUUGCGGGGAGUCUGAGGGAAAUUUGACAGCUAGAUCUGUGGAAAUUAUCUCAAUCUAUGCCGGAACGCUCUUAGAAUUGGGAAACGAGCCGUUUUUCGAAACCGUCUGCGAAUCCAUAAGUUAUCUAGGGUCACAUGACCUACAGAAUUCUGCAUUGACAUCUCUCACCUGCUUGCUACGCAUCGAGAACUACAGGGUGUUUGAAAAAACCACCUCUCCGGAGGAAGGCAUGUUCAAAGUAGAAUCAUUACAAAGCAUGCUAGAUUCCGUGAGAACAUCCAGAUCUAUAGUAAUUUCCGAUGCCAAAGAAAACGUCGAACCGAGAAAACAUCGUGGAAAGCAAAGCAGCGCUAGGCAGCUGGAAAAUUACAGGAUGAACGUACUAGAAGAAGCUUAUUUCGAUAAAGCUCUGGCUAGAAAAAGUGAUUCUAACGAGGAAAUCGAGGUCCGGAUUGUUGAUUACAAUGAUGGCUUGGUAUCAGGAGCUGAGAUUUGCAAAAUUUUGCUUUACCUCUACGACAUUUGCGACCUUGAAGCUAGCGACGCGCAAUUCAACAAACAAAAAUCUCUGGUGAUCGCUGCUCUGUCUUCCCUCCUCAGCAUUUCUAGGGCAGCCAAGCGUUACGCCAUGGAAAGCGGCCUUGUGUCCCUAGUACUCAAACAGCUCAGGCAGUGUCACGUGAGACUCAGUCUGGAGUCGGUGGACAGUCUGCGAAGGAUUUCCGGAAAGAAGAAAUGUUGUCCGGUGUUGAACAGGGUGGACGAGCUGGUGGUUUUGUUGAACAAUUUCAUGUUGGAGGACGAAAGUGUGAAAGUCGAGGCGGCUAGCGCCAAUUUGGCUGAUGUGGUGCACAAGCUGUGGGUUUGGUUUUCGGUGCAGAACGGCUAUUUGGUGAAUGCGCUGAAGAUGGUUUGCACGUAUACGACUGACUGUGGCUUGGCUUGUCAGACCUUGCCCUUAACUAGUCCUGUGGCAGGAUCUGGACCCCGAAAGUCGCCAAGCACUGUGUCCUUGUUGCAUACCAUCAUAACAUUGAUCAACAAGCAAAUGGACCAAAUAAGUAGGACUCAUGACAUCAGAGUAUUGGAGAUCUCUUCCAAUAUCCUACAGAAUGCGUGUUCUUCUUUGGAGUGCCGUGUGUUGAUCUCAAAAAGCAACCUUUUCCAAUGCCUUCCCCGGCUUCACCCCGCCAUCACGAAACGCCAAAAACCCUGGGAGAACCUGGAGCUGAUCUGGUUGGACCUUCUGCAGACGUUCACGACGCAUCCGGAAGGUCAGGCGACCGUCGCAAAAAUCCCCGAAGUGUUGGACCUGAUCAUGGCAUUGACUUCCGGUGCGCGUGCGCAGAAUCGCGCAGCGGCCAUGCUUGUGUUGAGAAACGUGGCUUUCCAUCAGCCGAACAAAGCUAGGCUGUUAAGUUCAAGCGACUUUUUGAACAUUUUGGGAACCAAACUAACUUCCGGUUGCGAAGAAGAAAAAUAUAUCGUGGUGGUCAUCAUGUGGGCCUUGUCUGCCAACAGCCAAAAGGCGAAGAUUAUCCUGAAAUCGAUUCAUCUGGACGAUAAGCUGGAAAAUUUCCUGAAACAUUGCCAGCUAUUUAGUAACGGACGAUCCGAGGGUAUUGCAGAAGAGAAGUUGAGGAGAAUGUGCUAUGUAUUAGAUAUGUUGAGAGAUAAGGAUAAGGUCAGGUGACGAGGAUUCAUUUGUGUCUGCAUUUUGAUUAGUUGUUUUUAUAUCUUUAUGACAUUUUGAUAAAGUUUUACAUUCGAAUAUUUUACAUGAAAUUUUGUGUAUUUUUCC